GAGGGGGGGCCCAAAGCAUUUCCUUUUUCCAUUUGCAUCACGUAGAGGAGCAACAAUCAAAGCUGCCUGAGCAAAUUAGUGAACACUAAAGUGAAGCUAUCAGCCGGAGGAUCCACCACAAACCGCAACGCCUGCACAUCAGCGCAGCGGACGUGCAGACUAGCGGAAAUCUCAGGAUAAAACUUCAUUUUGCAUUAGCAGCUCAAGUUUGACGUAUUUUUUUUUCUCCGGACACCAGGAAUAGACCGGAGGCUCAUCAUGGAAGUAUCUCCUAAGGAAAAAUGAGAGGUUUUCUCAUUUUGAACAUGGAGGAUGAGCAAAGUUAGGAGAAACAUUUUCAACCCUCUAAAGUUUUCCAGAUGUCUCAUCUGAUGCGAGGAGCGGCUGUUUACUGAAACACAUUCACACGUUUCCGACCGAUUUUCAGCGGAUGGUUUUGUUUGGAUUUUUACUGAAAACGCUCGUUUCUUAGAGAAUAAGGGGACUGUAAAAACCUUCAUGUUGGAUAUCAGCUUUUGUCACGACUUUGGGAAGAUGUGGGACCCCACGAAGACCAAAUAAACCAGCUGUUUUUACGGUAUGAAAAUGGUAUUUGGGUGAAAUCCUCGGAAGCUCACAAAGGAAGCCCAAUGAGUGGCACACAGUCAUCACUCACUGACUGGACCCUGAUGAUUCUCAACAAGGACCCCACAGAAAAAAGACCAAAGAAUGCAAAACUCUGUCUCCCUCCAGCAUGAGUUUGACCCGACAGGUCUGGUCCAGCGCUGUGUGAUAAUCCAGAGAGAUAAAAAUGGCUUUGGUCUGACAGUAAGUGGAGACAACCCUGUGUUUGUGCAGCUGGUCAAAGAAGAUGGAGCUGCAAUGCGAGCUGGUGUCCAGACAGGAGAUAGGAUCAUUAAGGUUAACGGGACCUUAGUUACACAUUCAAACCACAUAGAAGUUGUGAAGUUGAUCAAAUCGGGUUCUUAUGUAGCCCUGACAGUGCUGGGAAGGCCUCCAGGUCUUCCUAAGAUCCCCCUGGAAGAAGAUAAGGAAGUGCAGGAGGAUGGGGAAGAGGCCAGCAUUCCCUCCUCCGCCCCCCACUCACCUGCUCUUUCUGGCGGGGAGCAGAGCAGCUCCUUCAGCAGCACAACCUGCAGCCCCCAGAACCACAACACCAGCCCUCUGCCUGAUGGGGAUGAAACCUCCAAGUCCAGGAAUGGUGAGGAUGAGGAGAGAGACGGUUCGCCCUCACAGUGUAAAAGAGGACCCUCAGUUAACAAUGUUAUCCACAGCAGCCCUGUUAUAGAGAGUUUUGGAAAAAGGGAAACUCCCUGUCAGAGCCUGGAUAUGCUAAGCAGAGAUGGUCUGAAUGUCUGCCCGUCACCCGACACUGAAGAUGCCCCUGACGCUGACUCUGGUGCCCACAGCAUUGUGGGUAGCCCUCCUUACCUCCUCCACCCCCAAAUCAUUGGAGCAGAGGAUGACUACUUUGACUCUCAGCAAGAGCAGAUCAAUGGACAGUGCAGCUGCUUCCAGAGUAUCGACUUGCUGAAGUCCCGGCCAGCUCACCUCGCGGUCUUCCUCCAUCACGUUGUCUCCCAGUUUGACCCCACUCCACUGCUUUGUUAUCUCUACGGCGACAUUUACAAGCAAACCAACUCCAAAGAAAGUCGACGCAUCUUCAUGGAAUUCCAUUCGCUCUUCUUGGACCGAACAGCAAAUCUUAAAGUACCUGUGCCUGAACAGGUUGCAGCUGAACUGGAGAAACGUAGACUGGAGCUGAUCCCAGAGGAGCUCUGUAAACAGUAUAUUCAGGUGUUACAAGACACAUUGUUAACAGAUCUGCACAAGAACCUGGAAGACUUUAGACAUAAGCGCAGCAUGGGCCUGACGCUGGCUGAAGACGAGCUGUCCAAACUGGACUCGGAACAGGCAAAAGACCAGCAGGCACUGGAGAAGGAAUGCUCCUGUGCUGAGCACAUCAUCUCCAAGAUUGAGGAUAUCCUGUUGACCUCACAGCCCUCAGAAGAGGAGAAGUGCCAAACUAUGCAGUAUGUGAUUCUGACCUAUAUGAAGCACCUCGGGGUGAAAGUGAAGGAGCAUCGUGGUCUCGAACAUAAACGUGCACGGAAUUUCCUGCCCAAGAUUAAGCCUCGCUUUGUCAACAUCCUCGGCCCUACCCGACGUCUGAGCAGAGUGGACUCCACCUCAGUUGGUAAAGCUGUGGAGCUGAACAAGCAGCGGUCACCGAAGCUUUCUCAACCAACCUUUGGCAUCCCCGAGCUGUCCGACUCCGCUGCUUCUGCUUCUGGACGGAGCCGUGCCAACCUCCCCAGCGAGGGAUCGGACACCAGCACCAAGUCGGUGUCUUCUAUCACCUCCCUGCCUCACAGCUCCCCCACCACCCUCGCCUCGGAUACUAGUGGGCAAGAGUCGGACCCCAAUCUCUCUCCAUUCUGUGUCCAGCCCAGACUGAGCGAUGGUCUAUCGUCUGGAGACCACCAGGACAGCCUCUCCAGUCCAACUAGCACACUGUUUGACUUCAGCCCCUCCAACCUGGAGCAGCGAGACGAAGAUCAGGAGGCCUUCAGUCGGAUGGAGGUGCAAUGUGUGGCGAGUUCAGCCGACAUCCAGAGUGAAGAUGACCAGGGAGGUGAGGUAGAGAGUGAGGAAGACCCUCUGAACUGGCAGCGACUGGUCAGUCGGGGUGUUCUGGCCAGUUUAACGCCAAAGGAAAUCAAACGUCAGGAAGUCAUCAACGAGCUGUUCUACACUGAGCGUGCUCACCUGCGCAUGCUAAGGGUGCUGGACUGUGUUUUCUGCCAGAGGCUGAACAAAGAUGGCAUUCUUCCACCAGAAGACAUCAAACACAUCUUCAUUAACCUGGAGGAAAUCAUUCAGCUUCAUGUUUCUGUAACGGAACAAAUGACAGCAAUCAGGAAGCGGAGUGAGACAUCAGUGAUCGGUCAGAUCGGAGAUGACCUCUUGGCAUGGUUCAGCUGGGAGGAAGAGGAGAAGAUAAAAAGAGCAGUGGGAACUUUCUGUAGCAACCAGCCAUCUGCACUGGAGCUCAUCAAGACCAGGCAGAAGAAAGACCAGAGGUUCAACUUGUUCAUGCAGGAAGCUGAGAGCAACCGUUUGUGCCGCAGGCUGCAGCUUAAAGACAUCAUUCCCGUAGAAAUGCAGAGAGUGACAAAGUACCCGCUUCUGCUGGAAAAUAUUGCUAAAUACACAGAAGAUGGUGAGGAGAGGGAAAAAGUGAAGAAAGCUGCAGAGUGUUGUAAAAAGAUCCUCAACCAUGUCAACCAGGCUGUAAAAGAGGCUGAAAACAAACAGAGGCUGGAGGAAUAUCAGCGAAGGUUAGACUUCUCCUCUCUCAAACAGAGUGAGAACCCUGUGAUCCUGGAGCUCAGGAAUCUGGAUCUGACCAAGAGGAAGAUGGUGCAUGAGGGACCUCUCUCUUGGAAAGUCAAUAGAGACAAGACGAUCGAGCUCUACACACUCCUCCUGGAGGAUAUCAUGGUUCUGCUGCAGAAACAGGAUGAGCGUUUGAUCCUUAAGUUUCAUGGCAAGAAUUUGGCCAGUGUUGCCGACACUAAGCACAUCUUCAGCCCUAUAAUUAAGCUCAACACUGUCCUGGUCCGUCCUGUGGCAACUGAUAACAAGUCUUUCUUUGUUCUGUCCAUGUCGGAGAACGGAGCUCAGAUCUAUGAGCUGAUGGCUCAGACGGUUUCUGACCAGAGAACGUGGCAAUGUCUGAUCACUCAGUGUGCCGACGCCAUGAAGGCCAAACCUCACAGCACUGACACGCCUCCAACUCAGUCCGAAGCUGAGCGGGACGCGAUUGAGAUCAUUAACUGUGAGAUGCCCAAAACAACUGCAGAGCCCAAUGGGACAUCGGGUGGAAGCACUCAUUCUCCAGAUAAAGAUGCUUUCUCGUCUCCUGAUCUUCCGCCUCCUAUCAACCCCUUCGAUGGGUUGAAAUCAGAGGACGAGGAAGAGGAGCUGGCUGUUGCUGGCAGGCGAGUGGAAGACGAGGAGGAGGAGGUGGAUGAAGCAGAACUAGAGGCCUUCUUGGAUGGGCAGCUGGCAGACAGACUGCUGCAGGAAGGAUCUCGUCAGGGCAUUGCACUUAAAGAUGAGGAUCAUGCUGUCUUUGACAUCCCACUAUCCAAAGCUGAAGAGGCUCUUCAGACGUUGGCGAUGCUGAAACAGGCUCUUUUCACUCACAUGAUGAGCAGAGAGUCUGAGGAGGCGGCAACGGAGAAUAAGCAGAGCGGUGUCCCCGGGAGCCCUGAGGGACUGUCUGCUGCUUAUGAUGAGAGCCGGCCAUCUGAGAUCUCAGAAAAAGACGACCCCCGACACUCUCCUGCACUCACAGGGCCAGAGAUGGCUGAACGUAACGGUGGAUUUGUAGUUUUGGAUUUCGGAGGGGCCCCUGACCAGAGUACCACUGACUACGAUGUGGGAAUCGACAUGAGGAAACUGCUGUCUUCCUCCUCGCAGGCAGGGAGCGGCGGUCCUAACCUCAGUAGGCAGCUGAUGACCCACCUGCGCCUCCUGCAGGCUGACCUGCAGUACCUGAAGGAAGUGGAGAUGAAGUACAACAAACUGCAGCAGAUGCACAGCAACGCAGCUACGGAUUCAGAAGAUAACAACGAUGGGAUCCAGUGAUGACCACUUCCUGCUCUCAGUUUACUGAGACACAUUUUGCAUUACUGCAAGAUCACUUCCUUCUGGCACAUCCUCCAUCUUUUGACACUGGUGUCACAAAGGGUUAAUGACCUCCUGCUUCAGGAGUGCAUCAGUGGAAGAUGAUACAGUCGGGGUCAGGAUUCUUCCAGCCAGAAGGCACUGAGGGGAAAGAUCAUGGACACUUUCUGCUAUAAUCAACUGCAUAAAUUAUCUGAAACACUGGAUAUAUAAAGUUGAAAAGGGGGAGGGUUUUUGAUAUCAAACAGAUGUACAGCAGUGAGGUCUUCAUAAAGAAAUAAACCUCAUGUAGAUGCUUCAAGACACAACAAUAUAAGUGCAGAGUAGCCAACUGUUAUCCACAAAAAUCUCCAAAAAGCUUUUUUCCAUUUUCUGUUUGCAGGAGGGCAAAUACCCUACAGUGUCUCUAGCUCAGUAACUAAUAUAAUAUAUUUUGUUGCAGUGAUUCAUCCUGAGUGGAUAAGAUGUCUUACAAAAGGAAAGAAAAUGUUUUUGUUUUAAGGAAAUUUAAAGUGAAACUGCCAAAAUCUGACUUCUAAGGAAUUUUUAGUUGAUCAGCUGGUUUUUCUGGUUGGUGAGACCCUCACGGUAAAUUUGCUCCGUUUUUGCUUCUUUACAUUUUUAUUAAAACUGAGAUUAUCACAGAAUUAUUAGAACAGCUCACAAGCUUUCUGCUUUACUCCACUGGGAAUUCGAACCACUCAUCUUUGACAACGAUCUGUAGGUGUUUGAGAUUGGAGGACUUUUUGCCGUCUGCGGCCUUACGGGGGGUCUGGGUUCUAACCAGGUCACUCCAAAAUCAUGUUUAGAUCUCUUAUAUCAACUUCUUUAGGUCAAAGUUUUAAACCUUUUCUGGCUGGACGUUGCUCAGGGUCCCAACCUUCUGCAGACUACCAGAUCCAAGAAUCCAAGAAUUAUCCAAGACCCAAGGAUGGUCAUCAAGGAAAAGAAAUCUUUCUUUCACUACAACAAGCAAACAAAAGCUUACUGUGGCACUGUGGUCAGAUAAUUCCUUAAGAACUGGUUGAAAUGGGAGGUUUUGAGCAAGAAUGCCACCCCCUGUGGUUACUGAGUCAGUCCUUUGUUUGGUUUUGUUUGUCAACAAAGAAAUCUCAUUAAAGUCAGCACCGUGUGAGAAGAAGGACAAUUUUUAAAUAAAAAACACCUUUAAGAUAAUGAACAAUUAUUUGUUUGUGGAAAAACAUAAUUAGAAAUACUAAAAAAUUGUUUGCUGAACACCAUCAUAAUGCAGGGUUAGGGUUACUCGGUUCAAAGAGCAGAAGAUCAGAUAAAAGAAAGAAAAAGAAAUGCAGCGUUAGACAUUUUUACAUUUAUUUUCUGUAAAAUUGUAUUUUUGUUUUUGUCUUUUUCAAGGAAUCUGGCAUAUGUUGUCGGCAUAAACACACUGCAAUGCUCUGUGUAGGUGUUCCUGUUCAUCCUCCACCAUAAUUAGUCAAAGUCGGCCCCUGUAGAUUUAGCAAAAUCCUGCCAAAAAAUGGACUAAUGGAUGAAUUAGAAAGGUGUAGAUUUAAUGUGUAGUUCUGUACAGAUGUUAAAUUAUGCUGCAUUAACACCAGAAACAACAGAAAGACCAGAAAAACUUCCACAAGUUAAACAGUAAUUUAUUAUAAAUCACCCCUUUUUUUAUGCAGCGGCAGCAGGUUGAAACCAGACCCUUUAAAAUAGCUUAACAGAUCUUAAUGAUGCUGAUUUCCAUUAAGCUUUAACUUCUUUGCAGGCACAAAAAAAUGCCAUUUAACAGAAAAGAAAUCCUGAUAUUUUAACCCUCUUAAUCACAGUUUGAAUUUUUUUUUUCAUUGAAACAAACAGUUGAAUCUUGUAGAUAAAAAGAAGAAGAAAAGGAAAUUUCACAAUUGCUCUUAACAGCACUUUGUAAUCAUAUUAAAACAUAGUUUAUGUGGCCAAAAGUCAAAUUUUUAUCACAUUAAACGUCGUUCUGUCCCCAGUUGUAUUUUUAGAGGUUUUUGUUAUUUAAAAGUUCUGUAUAAAUGUAGUGCUGGUGGACAGACAGCUUAAAUGUCCUGCAAUUUAAACUUCCUCAAGGCACAUGAAUGUAGCAUUACAACACAAUCAGAAAACAACCUGAACUUAGAUCACUGGAAAACAAUCUCAGAUACUCCACAUUCCACCUGUUUUCAUUUAUUUCAGGAGAAAAACAGUACAGAUGGAGAUUAAAGUUAUUAUUCUAAAUAAUUGUGGUUCUGUGUACCAGGAAAAAAUGCAUCACACACACUGAAAUCAUGCAGUUUGGAUGAAAUACUGAAGUUACUAAAGCUCUCUGUCCAUUCCGCAGGCAGGACCAAAAAAAAAAAAAAAAAAAAAACUGUUUCUGUUGUUUUGAUUGAUUAU